GGGACAGCAGUGACCGGUUGGACAACCUGACGCAACGAUGGGCAAGAUCAUAUUCUACGAAGACAAGAACUUCCAGGGGCGCUCCCACGAGUGCAGCAGUGACUGCGCCGACCUUCAUUCCUACUUCAACAGAUGCAACUCCAUCAGGGUGGAGAGCGGCUGCUUCGUGGUCUACGAGCGGCCCAACUACACGGGUAACCAGUACUACCUGAGGAGAGGAGACUACUCUGAUAACCAGCGAGUGAUCGGCAUCAACGACUGUGUCAGGUCCUGCCGUAUGAUCCCCCAGCAUCAUGGCUCCUACAGGCUGAGGCUCUACGAGCGUUUCGACAUGUCCGGCCAGAUGCACGAACUGGUGGACGACUGUCCCAACAUCCAGGACCAGCUCAGCAUGGCUGACUUUAACUCCUGCAGCGUGAUGGACGGCCACUGGCUCCUGUAUGACCAGCCCAACUACAAGGGCCGGGUGUACUACCUGAGGCCCGGAGAGUACCGCAGAUACAGCGACUGGGGGGGCGUCAGCCCCAGGGUCGGCUCCAUCAAGAGAAUCACAGACUUCAACUGA